AACCAUUAUCAGCAGAUAUGCUGUCUGCGUUACCAAGAGGCAAGAACCAAGCUUCUCCAGUUGGAGUAAAACUGUGCAUCUUGGUUGAUGGUGCUAAUUGAAGGAAAUUUUCCUCAUGUGUCGAUCGAGUUUUCUUAAUUUAGCGUUCACGUAAUAUGCCUAAAGAUUUACAUACAAGUGAUCGACAAACGGAUAUGAAUGGUGAUGAGUAUUUCGUGUUUUCACUAUCGACCGGUGUUACUGUUUUGUCUUUGUGAUUGUGUAAGAAAUUCGUGCUCGAGUGUUGUGCUCGCGAAAACGAGAUCGAUUUGUGAUUACAAAAUCUCAAUUGUGGACAAAGAUGCGGAAUUAUCGAUUUUAAUGCAGCAUUGGAGCGGAUUAUCCAUGUAGCUUUAAUUUUUAUUACCAAUCAUGUUCCCUUUUGGCUGUGAUGUAACAUUUAGAAGAAACACGUCUAUUCUAUUCUACUCGAGUUAAUUUAUUUAAAUUAGACAUGUGCUUAGUUUCGUUACACCGUAAAUUUCGACGAAAAUUAUGCAUUUUAUUGUCCCUGCUGGUUUUCCUAUUUUCUUUCCUAACGCUGAUUGCAAUUUGGCAACGCAUCCACGAAAUAUCUAACUCUAGUCGAUACAAAAACCAUUUGCGAAACCAGCACAGCUCAUUUAAGGAUAUUCACGUCGUAGUAGGACAUUAUUUAGGAGAAAACGACAACGAUGGGCUUCCAUCAACCAACCUAACCGAUGAAUUUCUCAACGCAAAUUUAUUCGAUCCUAAACCAAAAGAAGGCGAAAAUGGGCAAGCUGUGAUAAUACCGUCAUAUUUAUCCGCUCGAAUGCGUCAACUAUUCCGCAUUAACAGAUUUAAUCUGAUGGCCAGCGAUAGAAUUCCGCUCAAUAGAACACUUCCGGAUGUUCGAAAGAAAAAGUGCUUGAAAAACGUGUACGAAAUAAAACCCGAUGAAACGGUUUCUGUAAUAAUUGUAUUUUACAACGAGGCUUGGUCCACCUUACUCAGGACUGUUACCAGUGUGAUAAAUCGUUCGCCGAGGCAUUUGUUGAAGGAAAUCAUUUUGGUAGAUGAUGCCAGUAACAGAGAUUUCUUAAAACAACCUCUGGAUGAUUACGUUUCCAAACUCUCCACAUUUACCUAUGUGAUCCAUUCCACCGAAAGAAAGGGUCUAAUCCGUUCGAGAUUGCUGGGAGCUCGUCAAGCAAAAGGAAGCAUUUUGGUGUUUUUGGAUGCCCAUUGCGAAUGCACAGUUGGUUGGUUGGAAAGCUUAGUUCACCAUGUUUCAUCGAAUAAAACGAGAGUCGCUUGUCCGGUCAUCGACAUAAUAAGCGAUGAGACAUUCGCUUAUAUCAGAAGUUUUGAAAAACAUCUGGGUGCCUUCAAUUGGGAUCUUCAUUUUCGUUGGUAUGCUAUAGAUAGACGCAUGGAUAAUCCUGUACAGCCAUUCAAAACUCCAGUAAUGGCCGGCGGACUGUUUGCUAUCAAUAAAGAAUAUUUUUUCGAAAUAGGUGCUUAUGACGACCAGAUGGAGAUCUGGGGAGGUGAAAACUUGGAGUUAUCUUUUCGGAUUUGGCAAUGUGGAGGCAGUAUUGAUAUCGUGCCAUGUUCACAUGUUGGUCACAUUUUUCGAAAAUCGUCACCAUAUAUAUUUCCAGGAGGCGUUUCAAAAGUGCUGUAUUCGAAUUUAAUUCGAGUAGCACUCGUUUGGAUGGAUGACUGGGGCGAAUUCUAUUUGAAAUUUCAUCCUGACACGAAAUCGAUAAAAAAUGAGCUAGACGUUCGAGAGAGAAAAGAACUCAGAAGAAAACUGCACUGCAAUAAUUUCAAAUGGUAUUUGGAGAAUGUAUGGAGUCAACGUUUCAUGCCCAUGAAAAAUAGAAUAUUUGGAAAGAUUCGUCAUUCCAUUUCUGGUUUAUGUUUGGAAAAACCAACUGGCAAAAGCUUUCAUAAUCAACCAACCGGAGUGGCCUCAGUUACCGAAUGUUCAUCGAAUAUGGAUCUCUAUCAAAUGUUUGUUUUGGCUCGUUACGAAUCGCAAAAUAAUACAGUCAGUAUUGCUACCGAUGAAUCUGUUUGUUUGGACGUCAUAAGAGAGGCGAAUGCUGAUAAUAAACUGAAAGUAUUUUUCUCGGCUUGUACCAAUUCGAAUAAACAAAAAUGGAUCUAUAAUGUCGACCAACUCUACAUCAAACACCAGUCGACAAAUCUAUGCGUUGAAGUCGCCCCGAAUGAACGUUAUUUAAUUUUAAGUAACUGUACAAGAAACGAAAACCAAAAGUGGAACUUGCAAUUAAUACCUUGGAAAUAAAAUAUAUACUUGUUUUGCUCGUAUAUCUAUUAAUAAAUACGCGACUUAUUCUUCGUUUCAUAAUUCCUUCCACUUUAAACGUUCAUUGACGAGAAUUUCACGAUGAAAAAAAUGAUAACACUGCGAAGUGGGAAGGGGAAUGCAAAUGACGAUCCAUACGGUAAGUAAUAACUAGACCAGUGUGACUAAUCAGCCGGUAACUUUCGGUACUCAAUUACUCAUUAUCAAUUCGUAGUAUCUACAUAUGAGUUAACUUCGAUCGUAUAAUCGUACCUUUGUGUCGCGAUAUUAAUUAAUACGUAAAUAUGGUGUUGAAAAACGCGUACGAAAGUUUAUCGAAAUUUUUAUCAUUCUGGUACAUGAGGUAUCUGCUAACCACCGAACUAUACAUUGUAGAGCCAUGGGAAAGAGCUGUCAUGCAUAUUAUAAUCGUACUCUUCGUGUUGGUGCUAUCCUAUAUCAAUAUGAGCUUGGUAGGUUAUUACAGCUACGGAGUUUCUUACGUUCGGUCAUUGUGGUGAUAACGUUUCCAAGACUUCCACAAGACUCCAAUAGACCAAAGAUUCAACAUUAGCGACGGUAAUACAAUAGGUGAACACCUAUCUGCAUCGAGCUAGAGAUGGGGACAUCAAACCGAGUUACCCAUUCAUAUACGAGUACUCAUUAAAAUGGACAAACUUUCCUAAAGAGAAGAAGACCACAUACCUACAUCGCAAUUAUUUCAGAUUAAUGCUUUAUUAAUAAAUAAUUUUCUACUUACGA